UCAACAUGUCAUGAGGUGAAAGAUCAAUAAAACCAAGUCAAAAAUACCAAGAUAUGGAUUGGACCAAAAUACGAGAGAAAGGUCGUCGAGGCCGAGAAUACCACACUCCCUAGUGUUUCCUUCUUUCUUAUCUUGCUUUAUUAAGCUUAUGUCCAUGAGUUUCUAUUUUUUACGUUAUUCUUUAGUUCAAUAUGAGGAUUGUUUCUCAUUAUACUUUGUAAAACUUUAUGGUUUCAAAACCAUACCUUGUAUGUUUUAUGUUUUUAAUUUGAAUGUCAUUUUUCAAAAAGAAAAGAAAAAGUAGAGAAUAGUCUAAGGAAGUAUUCUAAUCUUUAAAAAAUAGGAAUUCAUUUUCUCUGCCUUCUCUUUAAUUCUUAUAGUUGCUUCCGUCGCUACUUACUUCGGCUGCUCAAUCAGAGCCGGAGUCAGAAUAUGGCUCUUUUUGUCUUCCAUGCUCUUAUUUUGGAUCUUAUUUUCUCAAAACACUCGAACCUACCCACAACAACACAACAAUCGUCCGUUACAGAGUUCAUCGACUGUUUCGAAAAAAAAAUGUUCUUUCUAAAUCGUGGCCGUUUCGUUGUUUCAAUGAAACCACUAGCAGUCAUCAGGAAAAGCUAUCUUGGGCUUUGUGGGGCCCAUCACAAAGAUAACAAUGCCGAUUGGUAUUAGCUGAUUGAUCAAAAUCAGAUACGUAAUUUAAAGAUAAGUUGGCUUUUUCUUGGUUAUUAAAGCUAAAGUAUGAAAAAAACAGAUUCUUGGUGUUAAAGAACCGAACGUUUCAUCCUUUUAUUGCUGAGAAGGAGCUAUGUAAAAACCCAUCUAAAUUGGCAACUACAUAAUAUCAAUUUUGGAUGUAUAGAAACAGCAGAACCAAUUUAAAGUAACGUUUUCUUUAGUAUACAAGAUUCCAUCCUCGAGCAUAUCGAUUUGGUCUUUUGUAAUAGGUCGUCAUGUCUCUGUCUGCCAAUUGCCAAACACCUAAAACAUGCAAUUCUCUGUUUACCGUGUACGUGCAUAAAAGCCUUCUCUGUGUAACUGACAUAGUCUCCUUUUGUGAAUACUUAGUGAUUUAAAUGUGUUGAAUGUUUCAGUUAAAGAUAUAAAGAUCAAAAAUCAUUUAUAUAAUAAGAGAUUUUGAAAAUUAUAAUAACAUAUUGUAAUAACUUUUCUAAUUGACGGGAUAUUAUAUUAAAAAUCACUAGAACUCAAAUUCUUUCAAAUAUUUGGUUUGGUAUAUUUUCCUAGUUUUAUAAUGGUUGUAUUUUUGUUAUUUGUCUUCGAUAUUAAAUAUAACAUACUCGAUACACGAGUCCAAAUACACUAAGAAAUAUAAGUAUCUAUACUAUUAUUUGCGAGUUAAAUUUUUGGAAUCGAACUCUUACGUUAAAAGUUUGAACGGUUGAUAUCGUUUAUAGCUUUAAUGAAUAAAUUAUAUAAACUAGUCAAAAAUAAAAAGAAUUUCAAAUCUAUCUGAUUAAAUAAAUGAUUAAAAUUAAUAGCAAUAAUAAAAAGAAUUAUCUAAAAUAUAAAUAAUUAAAAACAAAUUUUUAUAAAACAUAAGAUAAUUCUUGAACAUAUUGUUUUUUAUCUGAAAAUAAAAAUUUUAUUAUAAAAUAUAAAGUUUAAUGUUUAAUUUUUGUAAUAAAACAUAAUUAAUAAUUUAUCAUGUUGGUUUUUGAUUUAAAAGUUAUAAACUAAUAAAUAUCUAUAAGAACACUAUGUCCGCACAUGCGGACAUAACACCUAGUUUGAGAGUAUUUGGUAAUAUUUGAUUUUUAAUAACUUUUAUAUGGUUUUGGCUAUAUAAUACAUUUAUUAUGAUUUUAAUUAAAAUACUAUAGAUACUCAUUUAAAACUAUGAGAUUCAGAUCUUUAUAUUUUACUUAAAAGUUUACCAAAUUUAAAAUACAACAAAUCUCAUAUAUUUUACUAUUAAAAAUAUUUAUAGGAACAGGAAGUUUUAGAAAUAUAAUUUAAAAUCACAAGUUUAAGAACACUAGAUUUUAAUUUUCUACUUUUCAAAAUGUUUAAUAAUUGUAUCAUACACAUAAUAAUAAUGUAGCCAAAAUUUCUAACUACACCUAAUUUUCUAACGUUAUUUGGCUUACAUCUACCUUAUAUUUGUCGUAUUAAAAUAUUAUUUAUAUCUAAAUAACGUUUGAUAUUUUAGCCUAUUAUAUUUGUCUUAUUAAAGUAUUGUUUGUAGCUAAAUAAUGCUAGAUAUAAGAAAAGAAAGAUUUAUUUAAGAUUGGUUCCAUCCUAAAAACAUGUUUAUUGUAGGUUUCUUAGGUUGAAUAUCUUAUAGUAAUAUAAAAUACAAUUUCUUAACUUUAAAUUAAAAAAACUAAGAAACGUCUUUUAAAUAAAAAAUAUAAAAAAUAUAUCUUAAUUUUUUUAGUUAAACGCUAAAAGACUUUAACUUAAAUUAUACUAAAAAACUCAACCUAAAAGACUUACAAUAAACAUGCUCUAAGUCAGCAUCUCAACAUCCGUACCCCGGUACUAUACGCUACGGCUAAUAAUACCCAAACAUAAACCUUUCAUAUCCAAUCCUUAAAUGCAUGGCAGUAUUUGAGAUAACCCUUAACAUUUGAAAUCAUUGUCCGCUUUGGUUAUAAACUGUGAAAUGAAUGUUUAUGGAUCAAGAUGUAUAUUUUCAUAACAACAUAAAUUGCACAAUACUUUGAAAUCUAUGGAUCAAAUCCACUAUAUAUCUUUGAAAUCUAACAAUAUAUUUUCUUAGAAUGGGAGUUGUUAGCAUAAUAUAAAAACAUGUAUCUUAAUUUUUAAUUAAAAAAUUAAGAACCGGUUCUUAAUAUUUAAGAACUGGUUUUUAAUAUUUAAGAACCGAAUUUUAGCAUUUUUAGUUAAAAGUUAAAAAACAGCUCUUUAUAUUUCACUAAGAACCCCAUUCUAAAAACCUCUCAUUAAUCAUGUUCUAAGUAUUUAGUAAUAAAAAAGUGUUAAUGUAACCAACCCGAUAUAAUUUCAAUCAUUCUUGGUUGCAGUUAUCAUUUGUCAACAAAAGAUGUUCAGAACUCAACACAUGUUUAUACUGAGUUUUCUUUUAGCGGCAGUUAAAGCUGAUUGUUAUUAAUUAUAAUAAUUACUAAAUAUGAAUACUUUAAUUUUAUCUAAUUACGUUUUUGGUGAAAAAACAUUUGCGCCUAAUUAGUAUUAAACCAUCAAUUGUCCACUUAUUUCUCCUCCUAAUUACAAAUCACUUUGAUCAAAAAAAAUUGCAAAUCACUUGUUUUCCGCUUAAUCAACUACAAAGUACUAGAGCCUUAAUAAAUUGGAGUCAUUAAACAGCAAAUCUAAUGUAUUGCAUGUUGUGUUUCAAAAAAAAAUGUCUUGCAUGCAGCCUAAUUGGUACGUACGUGUCAAUGUAAUGUUAGAUUCUGUUUCCUUAACCGACGCUUUUUCACGUACGCACGUUCACACUAAAAGGAGGACAUUUUGACGAGUAGACGUUAACAAAAACUGACUAGAUUUUGACUUUUAAGAAAAGUUAAAGAGAAACAUACAUCACUAGUAGUUUCAAAAAAAAAAAAAAAAACAUACAUCACUAGCAAAUAAAAAUUAAGGAUUAUAUUUUAUCCAAAAAAAAAAGAAUUUAGUUUUUUUUUUGCUGAUAAAAUGUUCCAAAGGAAGUUAAUGCUUCAAAGGAAAUUUUCGAGUUUUAACAGGUAGCAGUAACAAUUUUUAUACACGAAAGAAAAUAUAAUAAUUGUAAUAAACUAAUAAUAUGAUUCUUUAUAAUAAAAUGGGUAAACAAUCUAUAAUGAUUAGCAAGUUGUAAAAUAUAAUAAAAGAUAUCAUCAUGAUUUAAAUAUUAAAGAUUUUAAAUGGCAUAUUAUGAUCCACUUUUUUAAUUUCUUAGUGUGAAUUAGCAAUCAAUCUUUUCUCAGACAGACUAAAAUUAUAUGUUGAUAAUUAAGUAAAAUUAGCUAAUUGUUUUUCAAUUUUGUUGAUGUGAUUAUUUGAUGAUAAAUCUAAAUUUGAGACCUAAUAUGUUUAAUAUUUUUAUAUAGAAUAUUUAAUCAUUUAUUUACAUAUCAAAACACAUUUCAUUUUCUCAAUCUUGAGAUUCCCUGCAAGACAAUUCAACACUUCUCCUUUUGCAUGAGUCACUAAGAAUUAACAAGUCUUGCAUGUAUAACUUUAAGUAAUUUUCUUUCCCGGAGAACACUGAACAAGCGCUCUUGUUAAAUUUAUCAUCUAAUCGAAAAUAGAGUUGUAUAUCCAAAUAACUAUACUAGAUACUUUCACCAAAAAGAAAAAAAUACUUUAGAUAAAUUAUGUAAAUGUAAAUAUAAUAUGUUAUAAAAUAUAACUGUGAUUCACAAAGCAGGAUCCCAAGUCACGCAAUUUAUUUGUAUAUAUGGAAAUUGUAAGAUUUUUGAUACUGUAUGAGUCAUCAUGAAUUGCACGAAAACCACCAUGCAGCAUUUUACUGUCAUGGUUUCAAAAUUUUCUAUUUGUGUUUCGAAACCCUAAGUUUCUAGUUUCAUCCAACAAAUAAAACCGUUUACCGUUUUUUCAUAGUUCAAGACAAAGUAGUUUUUUAAUUUCAUCCAAUACAAAAUAUUUCUACAAAUCAACGUUAAUCUUAUAUUAUAACAUUUUUGCAUUAUACAUAAAUAUUCUAGAAUUUUCGCUUUAUAGCAAAAAUCAAACAAAGAUGUAAGAAAUCUGCUUAAAAAUCAAUCUUAAAUCAGAAAUAAAAAUCACUAGAAAAUAACAAUUACAUAUAUUUUAUAGAACUAAAAUAUAUAUAUUACUAGAUUUCAUUAAUUGUUUCUUACUUUAGUCUAGAUUUUAUACAUUAAUUAGCACACGGUAUUUCCAACCAAUUGUAUCUUUUAAUAUAUCUUUUCUUAUAGAUUUUAUUUUCUUACCCUUCAGUAUAAUGAUAAAAUCUGAAUUUAUAUUUUUUUUUGUUUCUAUAGUAAAAUUACAUAUGCACCACUACAACACUGCCAAAUGUUACAUUUGCGUGUCUACUUUGUACGCCUUUAAAUAUCGAGCUUUCUGCAGCCUAAAAAAUUGAUACAAACUUGAACACACAAAAAGUUAUUCAAAGACUAGCAGAAUGGCGUUUGCCCAACCUUUCUACAACCAAAGCUCUCUCUUGAGAAUCAAUGUUAUGGUUGUGGAUGAUGAUCCUGUUUUCCUUGAAAUCAUGUCACGCACGCUUGAAAAAUUAAAAUACAGAGAUUCAUCCACUAUGGAGAUCACGGUUAUAGCUGUAAAAGAUUCGAGAGAAGCAUUGUCUACUCUUAAAAUCGAAAGAAACAAUAUCGAUCUCAUAGUCACAGAUUAUUACAUGCCUGACAUGAACGGUCUACAACUCAAAAAACAGAUCACUCAAGAAUAUGGCAAUUUACCGGUCAUAGUUAUGUCAUCGGACACCGAUAAAGAACAUGAGAGUUUAACGUGUGGAGCGAUGGGUUUCAUUCAAAAACCCAUCAAAGCAACUGAAUUAACCAAGUUUUACCAACUUGCGUUAAAAUGUAAGCGGAAUGGUAAGUCCACCUUAUGGACCGAGAACAACCACAAUGACACAGAUGUUAGCAUCUCUCAGCAAAUCCAGUUUUUUCCUGAGCAAGACAAUCUCAUGAUGACCAAGACGAAGAAGUUCUCACCUAGACCGGAUUCAAGAUCCAUGAACAGUUCAAAUGGAACUUGUGUUAGUACUGAUGCUUCACGGAAAAAUAAAAAAAGAAAAGCAAACGGUGGUUCUGGUGAUGGUGUUGAGUCUUUGUCGCAGCCCUCCAUGAAGAGUAAGAUUACGUGGACGGAUGAUCUUCAUGAUCUUUUCUUACAAGCUAUCCGACACAUCGGUCUUGACAAGGCUGUGCCAAAGAAAAUCUUAGAGUUCAUGAACGUAUCAUACUUGACAAGAGAGAACGUAGCCAGUCAUUUACAGAAAUAUCGACAAUUCUUGAGGAAAGUCGCGGAAAGAAGUUCUUUGUGUUCAUCAAACAUGUUGCCGAGUAAUGGCAUAGACUCGAUAUAUCCAUAUCCUCACACUAGAGAGCCGUACUACAACAACUACACUUCUUCUUCUUCUUGGUACGGCACAAGUCUCAGCAAUAAUAGAUCAUUCUAUUCCAACCCCGGACACGGUCUUGGACAGUCUAGACUCUUAUCCAACACAUCUGAUCCAGUCCGCUCCAAUCAGAUGCCUCACAGCUACAUGAACCGGUCAUCCACCUAUGAUACGCACCGUAUUGGAUCAAACUUGACGCUGCCCGUCGAGAGCAACCUCAAUUACUCAUCCCAAAAUGUAGGAAGAAGAAGCUUUCUUGAACCAACGGCAAACAAAACUAGCCAAACAUCUCAAGCUCUCGGGUUUGAACAGCAUGGAUUAUCAGCUAUUAAUGGUAGUGGUUUCAACAAUAACACGUUGAUCAGCUAUGGAAGUUUAGCUCCUAAUCAACUAGGAACUAACAGCUAUAAAGGUUCAAUUUCUACUCAACAAGGAAUGACCAAUGGAAGCCUGGCUCUUAAUCAACCAGGAAUGAGCGCCUAUGGAAGUUCAACUUCUACUCAACCAGGCAUGAGCAGCCAUAUAAGUUUGACUCCUAAUCAACCAGGAAGGAACAGCUAUGGAAGUUUAACUGCUCCUCAACCAAGAAUGAGUACCCAUGAAAGCUUAUCUCCUAAUCAACAAGGAAUAAGCAGUCAUAAAAAUUUAAAUUCUAGUCAGCUAGGAAUGGACAGCAAUGGAAGCUUAUCUCAUGAUCAACCACGUAUGAGCAGCUAUGAAAAUUUAACUUCUAAUCAACUAGGAUUGAGCAGCCAUGGAUUUUUAACUCCUAAUCAACCAGGACUUAAAAGUUAUGGAAGUGCAACUCAUAACGUAGGACUAAACAGCUUUGAAGGUUUAACUACUCAUCAACCAGGAUCUAGCAACUUCUCGUAUGGGUUGCAAUCAUUCUUAAACAAUGAGAACACUGCAUAUGAGCCUCAACCUCUGACACAUGCCCAAGCAGCUGCACAGACAAAUAUUGAAAUUCCUCAACAGGAGAAUUUCAGCUUGUUUGAUGAACUUGCCAAUAUUAAUGAGCUUCUUUGCGACAUAAGUAACUUUGAACUGGAUCACAACAAGCAACAAGAAGCGGUUUCUACCACCCAAUUUGAGCUCCCUGCAAAUGUUUCGACUGAAAUGAAUCAAUUUUUCUCUCUUGAAGAUGAUGACUGGACCUUUGUGAACACAAACCAGGGAUUUUCUAAUGGAGAAACAUCAAACAAUGUUGCUCCGGAGACGAAUUCUCAAACUUUCAACAUGAGCACUAAUCAUGAUCAGGAACAAGAUGCUCAAGAUUUUGUCGACUGGUCGUUCUUGAAUCCGGAGGACUUGGCUAAUGAGUACGACUUCAUGGACUCUUUGUUCAAUGGCAUGAACUGAAAAGGGUUCGAUGAUCCAAGAUGUUAGCGAGGGAGAAGAAAUUAAAUCGGCAAUGCAUAGUAGUUUAUAAGCAAAUAUAUACAAAGAUUAAGAGAAAUAUAGAUGUUUAUCGUUUUGGUUUUCUACUAUUUUAUAAAUGUUGAGUAUUAUGUUAUUUUCUUCUUCAGCAAGUCUUGGAUAUUAUAUUAUGUCUGAGAACUUUUCAAUAUAUAUAAUACUAUUAUGAUUAGAGAUGUCAUGUGUUUGUGUUAUAAGUUAAUAUUAUAUACUCACAAUGAUAUGUUAUAGAUUGAACAGUACAACAUUUUAUAUAAUUUCAUACAUCCAGUAAAAUCUAUUUAUAGAUUUUCCCCUGCACAUAAAAUAUUAUCUCUUUUAAUAUUUAAUCCCCUCAACGCUCAAAUUAAUUCCACAUUAUUCAUCUACUUCUUUUCAGUUUUAUGCUCUACUUUCUACUUAACACUAAUAAACUACCUUAAGCCGUAGGUUGCAAAACUGAAGCAAAAACAAUAUCGAAUCCUUGUAUUUUACUCCAACUCUUUAAGAAAAGCGACCGGUUGUAGGAAGUAAAAUCUAAAAGUAAUAUUUCCCAUUUUCAUCACUCACCCAAAAAUAGGUGUCAAGGAAACAUUCAGAGCCAUACCAAAUCUUUGUGAUAGAACGCAAGAAAGUUUUUCGCAUUGGAUGCCAAUCAUGUCACAAUAAAUUAUUUGAUGUAUCUUAUAAUUAAUCCACUAAUUCUUAUUGGUUACCAUAAGGCUUAAUCAUAUAAAAAGAUCUUAAAGUUUUGUAAAUACUGAUAACUUGGCCUUUUAAAAUAGUAUACUAUAUGAUUAACUAAAUCCUAAAUCAUUUCCUUAAUGAACUUUAUUGUACUUUGCCUUUUCUAAUGUCGAUAGACUAUUGGAUUAGGUAUUUGGUUAUCAUAAAGAUUCCCUUUUCUCUGCCCCCGAACGACUUUGUAGCCUUAACAGGAAGCAAUGAAUAUAAUUUUGGUCACCAGAAGUUACCGAUUCCACAAGAAACCAUAUUCAAUGUUAUGAUUAGCAUGUGUUACCAACAUGCCUUCUUUGAUUUCUGUUCUCUCCUACGUCUCAUUGUUUUCUUGAUUUUAUGGGUUUGACUAUUUAUUUGAUGCAUAUGAAGAGGAACAAACAAACAAAACAAAAACAAUUAUUAUAAAAUAUCAAAAUUAUGAAUUGUCAACUAUCUUCAAAAAAUAAAAAUGGUAAAAGUUUAAUAUAAAUUGUAGAGAGAGUUGCCUCAUCAAAUAGUACAUGUUUUGUAAUUGUAGGUAGAUAAAUUUGAUGGUAUAUAAUAUGAUUAAAUUAAAUAUUUAUAAUGAUGUAACUUGCGAUAGUUUUUUUGAUAAAAAUAGUCUUAAUAGGACUUGUAACAUAUCAUUUGAGAAGAUACAAUGUCGAUAUCGUGAGACAAUGUUGGUGUUAACUUUUGUUUUCGUCAACGUUGGUGUUAACUAAAAUAGAGAAAAAUAUACAACUUGAAUAAAAUAAAUCGGUCACUGGACCUCUUUUAGCAAGAGCUGGUAGAUUGAAAUCACGGUUUACAUGUGCAAAAGAGGCUCUCUCGAACUUUGGUGCCCGUUAACUCAUGAAGAACACGGUUGCAAUUGUGAUUAACAAUGCUUUAAAGGUGGGGAAACAAAACCUAAGGAUCUAACCUGCUCUUAUUCUCUUAGAUGUUGAGCAGCGUCAGAAUUGCAGUUAGAUAUAUCUAAAAGAAACAUUCAUAUAAGCAAUAUUUUCAUAAAACAAUUACAACUUUUUCGUAACUUUUAUUGUAUUAGUAAAGAAAAUCCAAAUCUUUAGGUAUUACAAUGAUGGGAUUAUGAUGAUGAUGAAACUAUAUUUGUUGAAACUCCCCUUGUUAUUUGUGAAUUAACUUCAAGGGAAGACCAUCAAAAAAUAUUCUAAACAAACCCAAAAAAAAA